CUACACAAUGGAAUAGCACUUACUAUAUACUUCGUCGAUUUAAGGAAAUACAAGAUGAAUUAAAUCUUCUUAAAACUGCUCAUCCAGAACUUGAAAGCAAACCAAUGCUUGAUGCAACUGAAAUACUCUCGAAGAGUUCAUAUCUAGCUAUUGCUGACAUUCAUUUGACUUUUAUAGCUAUCUUGCAACAUAUUAAUCACUUUACAGCUAAUAACUCGCAUUUAAAAGAGGAAUAUAAAAUGGCGAACCUUAUUAAAACCACAUUAAAUAGAUAUUGGACUCUUCUUGACCUUAAUGAAUCAAUAAAAAUAGCUACAAUUCUUGAUCCUAUAUCCAAAUUAUUAACAUUUCCCUCAACUAAUGAGAAAGAAAUUGCUAUUGCUAAUUUACAAAAUAUAAUAGCUUAUACUACUUCUACAUCAUUUGACAAUAAAAGAAAAAAAUUCGUGGCAAUAAUAUCGCAGCAACAUACAAUCGAACCAGGACUAUUAGUAGCAGGAGAAUUAGAAAGGUAUUUGUCUUUACUAGCUAUUGAUAAUGGAUCUCUUCAAUGGUGGGCUAAUAAUGAGAGCAGAUUCCUAAAACUUGCAAAGAUAGCACAAGAUUAUCUUGCAAUUCAAAGUACAAAUGUUCCUUGUGAAGAAGCAUUUUCUACUGCAGCAAGAACAAUUUCAAAGCUACAUAAUCGUCUCAGUUCUAAGACUGCUCGUGCCUCACUCUGUUUAAAAAGUUGGAUGAAAAAUAGUGUUGAAGUAUAA